ACAAAUUAUAAGUAGAUCUACACAGGCACCUACCAGCUAUAACUCACUUAUCUGAACCACUCUCCAGCUCCAUUGUUGAUGUGUGGGAGGGUCUAGAAAGGUGUACUUUGCAGCAAAGGUCAAUGGUUUUAUGAAUGCAGCAUGGCAUCUUUGGCUCGAGAAGAACAGGACGCCAUGUCCAUGCAACCUACACAGCAAGAGGUAGUCAACUGUGCCCUCCCCAGCUGGUACAAGGAGUUCUCGUCCAUCACUUUCAAAAGUGUAUUUAUUCCACUGAGUGGAGAAUUUGUUAGCUUCUUGCUAAGCGACGGCUGUGUGUUACCUGAAGGGUGCUUUCUACCGGCGAUGGAUGUUUGUGGAGGAGAUUCUAGCUCUGAUGAAGCAGAUGAUUGGAACGAAGGAGACAGUAAUCAACAAACUAAGCAAGCUCCAGCAUUCCUAGACAUAGUGCAGAGCAUCACUGAAGGGAUCAAAGCUCUCGGUGGUGAGGUGCUACCAAAGCUCAACUGGAGCGCUCCAAGAGAUGCUGUGUGGGUGGUACCUAGCAACAGCCUGAGGUGUACUUGUGCAGCCGAAGUGAUCCUGUUAUUAAAGAGUUCGAACUUUAUCACUCACGAUCUAACCAGAGUGUUUGAAUACUGUCUCCCUAGUGCUACUAAACUGCCAUUCCAGUAUCAGCUGUGCCUAAGAAAAUCAGAGAAUAUACGUCCUUCAGCUGAAUUCAGAUGCUUUGUACUGUCUCAUACGCUAAUAGGCAUCUGUCAGCGAAACCACACUGCCUGCUAUAAGAAUCUGUUGGAAAUGAGAGAUACCUUAAGAGCUGAGAUCAUUUCUUUCUUUGAUGAAAUCAAGGGGAAAUUUCCUAAUGACAAUUAUGUGUUUGAUAUAUGCCGUAUCCAGGAGAAUAGUUACUGGCUUGUUGACUUCAAUCCUUACUGCUCCAUGACCGACCCUCUUCUGUUCAGUUGGGAGGAGCUAACGUCUGGAGCAGUGACUGCAAUGGCGGCCCAAGAGCAGCUCCCUGUUCUGAGGCUAGUGGAUGGUGUGAGCAUUCAACCCUCUGAUCUACAGACACACAGACUGCCACAAGACAUUAUUGACCUCACCAGUGGCGAGGAUAUUCACAAGUUUGCAGAUAUCUUUCUUAAAGGUAGUCUACUAGGACAAGACUCUGACAGUAACAGUGACUGAACAUUAAUUUUCAUAAUUAUUUUCAUCAGAACAAUAUUCAUAUACCGGUAUUCAGCCAUCACAAUAAACUCUGUUGUUCACGUUG